CCCCAGCCACGGCAAAACAUGAAGCAGAAGAAGGAGGCCGACGGCAGGCUGUGAACACUGCAGUACAUGCGACCGUACAACCGCUCUCAGCCUGUGCUCGUUUUUCUUCCACAGCGGCGACGACGCGGAGGAGAACGAGGCAUCUGUGUUUGGGUUCGGAGUGGCGGACAAGAUUUAAACGUAUCCUGAAUUCACAACUUUACGUUCAGGCCAUCAGUGCAGCGUGUUGCAAAGGACUGCUGUCCGCACAACGAUUUUUCCAGUCACAGACAACACGACGGCCAAAGGUGCAGUGGGUGCAAAGCUGCUCUCGGGUCAGAGCAAACCCAUAGCCAUGGAUGUGGAUGAGGAAGAGAAUAUGAGUUCAAGCAGCACCGACGUAAAGGAAAACCGAAACCUGGACAACGUGUCCUGCAAAGACGGGGUGGGAGUGGCUGAACAGCUCCCCAAUGGCAGUGGCCUAGGCAGUCGAAAGCGACCUCUAGAAGAAGGAAACAAUGGCCACACACAUUCCAAGUUCCGGGCAAAGAAGCGAAAGAAAACGCCAGGGCCAGUCCUACCCAAGAAUGCUCUGAUGCAGCUGAAUGAAAUCAAACCAGGUCUACAGUACAAACUGCUGUCUCAGACAGGUCCGGUCCAUGCGCCGGUUUUUGUCAUGACCGUGGAGGUCAAUGGACAGAUGUUUGAAGGCAUGGGCCCAACAAAGAAGAAGGCUAAACUAAAUGCAGCUGAGAAAGCACUGCGUUCCUUCGUCCAGUUCCCCAAUGCUUCUGAAGCGCAUCUGGCCAUGGGCCGAACACUGACAGUGAACACAGACUUUACAUCUGACCAAGCUGACUUCCCAGACAUGCUCUUCAAUGGAUUUGAGACACCAGCUGCUCCUGAAGAAUCCUUCUAUCUGGGCUCCAAUGGUAGCAGCUCCCUAAAUUCACUAGGGGAGUAUCCACUGCCCACACCAACUGGCAGUAACCUUGUCCAGCCCCCAUUGCCCCCUCCAUCUGCAUUCAGCUCCCCUUCCAGUGGCAAAAACCCAGUCAUGAUCCUCAAUGAGCUUAGGCCAGGUCUCAAAUAUGACUUUGUCUCAGAGAGCGGUGAGAGUCAUGCCAAGAAUUUUGUGAUGUCAGUAACAGUGGAUUCACAGACAUUUGAAGGAUCGGGGCGCAACAAGAAACUGGCUAAAGCCCGGGCAGCACAAGCCGCCCUGUCUGCUCUGUUCAACAUGCAGCUAGACCAGACACCAUCUCGACAACCGAUACCAAGAGAGGGAUUGCAGCUUCACCUACCCCAGGUUCUGGCUGAUGCGGUCUCUCGCCUGGUUGUGGAUAAGUUCAGUGAGCUGACAGACAACUUUACCUCCCCGCACGCACGACGAAAAGUCCUGGCAGGCGUCGUCAUGACAACAGGGACAGAUGUGAAGGAAGCACAGGUCAUUUGUGUCUCCACGGGAACCAAAUGCAUCAACGGUGAGUACAUGAGCGACCGCGGCCUGGCACUCAAUGACUGCCACGCUGAGAUAAUUGCCCGACGCUCGCUCAUCAGGUACCUCUACACUCAGCUGGAGUUCUUCCUCAGCAACAUCAAGGAGGACCAUCAGAAAUCAAUAUUUGUGCCGUGUGACAAGGGAGGCUACAGGUUAGAGGAUAACGUUCAGUUCCACCUCUACAUCAGCACCUCGCCCUGUGGAGAUGCCCGGAUUUUCUCUCCACAUGAGGCCGGAGUGGAAGACCAAGGAGACAGACAUCCUAACCGGAAGGCACGGGGCCAGCUAAGGACCAAAAUUGAGUCUGGGGAGGGCACCAUCCCCGUGAGGUCCAGCAACACCAUCCAGACCUGGGACGGUGUUCUUCAAGGAGAGCGAUUACUCACCAUGUCCUGCAGUGACAAGAUUGCAAGGUGGAACGUGGUGGGCAUCCAGGGCUCCUUGAUGAGCUACUUCACAGAACCAAUCUACUUCUCCAGCAUCAUCCUUGGCAGCCUUUACCAUGCUGACCACCUCUCCAGGGCCAUGUACCAGCGCAUCGCCGAUAUCGAAGACCUGCCCCAGCAGUUCACCCUCAACAGGCCUCUUCUCAGCGGUAUAAGUAAUGCUGAAGCCAGGCAGCCAGGCAAGGCACCGAACUUUAGUGUCAACUGGACGGUGGGUGACCAGGCUCUGGAGGUAAUCAACGCAACCACAGGCAAGGACGACAUGGGCCGCGCCUCACGCCUCUGCAAACAGGCGCUCUACAGCCGCUGGGUGCGCCUACACUCCAAGCUUUCAUCCAUUUUGCGGAUCAAGAUGUCGAAGCCCAGCUCCUACCAUGAAGCAAAGCAGGCAGCCACAGAGUACCACUCUGCCAAGCAGGCACUCAUCAAGGCCUUCCACAAGGCCGGCUUGGGGGCUUGGGUCAAAAAGCCCAUCGAGCAAGACCAGUUCACCCUCAGCUCCUGAGGGAGCCGAGGGAUUCCGUAACCACCCACUCCUCUUUCCCUGACCCAGGCCUGAAAGCAAGAGAGCCACUUAUUAACAACCAGACACUUUCUUCCAUCCCAUGUGUCAGCACGCACGUGCACUUUGUAUUUGUGGAGAUGAACGUGCGCAGUUUCACAAACCAUCCACAGGUCGUCAUUCUCAUUCCUCAGAGGACCUCAGCCUCGUGUUUUUUUUUUCUUGUCAUGUUGAUUUAACCUUUUAUUUUGAUUUUAUUGGAUGGUCUGUUCCAUUUACUUAUUUUCUGCGUAAAACUGGAACCCAUGUUUUGUUUUGUUUUAGUUUUCUUUUAACAAAUUCCCAUUUGUUUCCCAGAGAAAUCGUGUUUUUAUGCCAUAGAUGUGAAAGUUGAAAUUAUACAGUCCUGUCUUGUUGAUCAAUGAGUGUAGCUAAUUUAGGUUGGAAUGUAGCCUAGAUAUGGGAUCUUUGUUGACUAAAACCAAUGUAUAUGGACCUAAAACAAUAUAUCUUUGCUAAAAAUUAAUGACUAUGACAAAUUUUAAUUUAAUUAUGCAUAAAUCUUCAGGAUGUAAAUCUAGUGCUGAAAAAAGAGAAAACAUAGGAGUUGUAAUGUUUAAUGUAAAGUGUUAUUUGGUCCGUUCCUUAGCCGAGACUACAUGUUCUUGUCCUCUGGAUUAAAGAUGAAAAUGUUACAAAAUAUUGUCGCCCUGUUUGAGUCACUGACUGGAAAGAAUAUAUAAAGCAGGUGUGACAGCAUUUAAGCACUCUUUUUGUUUGUUUUUAUGUCUUGUGCAUUCAUUCGUGCAUAUGAUUUUUAAGUUAUUUUAUGUCACUCUCAUUUCAUACUUGAACAGUUUAGGGGGGAGGGUCAUGUUGACUCCCCCUCUCGCCUGGGUCUUGGGAGAAGCUCUGGGAGGUGCUGCACGUUGUAUUUUUUUUUUUUUUUUCCUUGAUCUAAGCCAUGGCUUUGCAUGGAAACUGAACUUAGAAGCCUGCAGAGCAGAAAACAUAGGAUGGGGAGCCCCGUGCGUCCGUCAGUGAAUGAUGUUGAAUGAAUGCCAGCAUCUUCCUCCACAGGCAGCUUUGAAUCUUUGUCUCUAUUUUCUAGAUUUCUUGUGAUUGUUUGAUUUUUGAAGGGGGGGGGUGGGGACAGGGUUUUUUGUUUUUUUUUUUUCGUCCUUAUGUUCAGGCAUUUACGGAUUGGGGGUAAUACUACCGGGAACGUGGUGAUAGUAUAACAGACCUCUCAGAUCUUGUAAUAAUGUCAUUUUGUUGCAGGGAAACAUGAUAGCAGAUAAACUCAUAGAUGACAUGGUAUAUGUACUGUAGCAGCACAUACAGUAUAUGAAGUUAUAUUCACUAGAUGCGAUCCCUCCACAUUAUUGUGUAUGGAAACACCUAGAUGAACAGUAAAGUAAAAUGCAACCCCUGCAUGAGAAGACUCUUGUAUGACGUUGUAUGCUAAUAUCUGAUCAACUCUGCCAGUAGAUCACAACCAAAUGUGUCACAGUGUGAUGUCAUGUUCAUCCUCCUCUCUGCACCCAAUUAAGAAACAUGUUAUUUGCAUAUUCCAUGAGGAGCUUUAUGAAUUGGUUUGACUCCUGUACAUCCUGAGUGCAUAAAUGUCCUCGUGUUUUAAAUUUGUAAAUGAGGACGAGUUCCUGUUUCCAGCUGUGGGAAAUAUGUAUGUGUGUUAGUGGGUGUGCGUGCAAUUAAUGUGUGUGCUCAGGUGUCUUUAAGCAUAUUCUUGUCAAAUUUUCACCAAAGAUGAUGAUGUCCAUGUGUGUUUCUGCCCCAGUAUUUUCCUUUUUUUAAAAAAAGAAAAAAAUCUAACAUUGUGGCAUCAACCCUUUACCGUCUCGAUUUUGUAUACCCACACAACAAUGUCCUACUUUUUGCUUUGUACAAAAACUGUGUGUUCAAUUCAAUAUGGGGGGGAAAUACAAAUGUCAGGCUUCUUUAGUGCAUCUGUAGCUGUCAAUCAGUGAUCAUGUGUAUAUUGUGAGCUGCGAUCAUUAUUGCUGCAAGAUAGUAGUUCUGUGUAAAUAAGGAACAACAAAAGGCAACACAUUCUCCUCCCUGUACAAUCGAUUCAUCCUUAAAAAGAAACAACACAAAAAAACCCAGUUUUGAUCCCUCUGUUGCUGAGAUUGUGAAGAUGUUAAUGUUCCUAAGUAUUCGUGAUUCUGUGUCACUCACUGGGCACCAUAAAGCAUGGCACUAACACUGCCGGGGUUAACAUGCUUCAUCCCCAUUGUAGCCAUCCAUGUUUUAAAAAAAAUAAAUUAAAAAAUAUGCACUGUAAAGUGCCUAAGCUAAAAGUGGCAUCCACCAGCUGGCACGUGUGAUGUCAUGUAUGUACCUUUCACUUAUAUUUGGUUGUUUUGGGGGAUUUUUUUGUUUGUUUGUUUGAGUCAGAAUUAGAAAAGCAGGGAAGGGGGGAUCUCCCAGAGUAGAGUUAAAGAUUUAAAAGAAAAAAAGAAGUAAUAGAUAGCAUCCAGUGUCCCCUGACAAACAGACCCAGACCAAAGUCUCGAGCAAUACUCCUGAUAAUGUCUCCUGUAAUGUCAGGCCGAUACCAACAAGAGUCUGCGGUUUUCCUCCCCCCCUCUCUCCUCCUCUGGUUUUCUUUCAGUGUUCUUCGUUUAUUCUUUAACUACAAAGCUGUCUGAGAUUGUUUUUUAUAUAUAUAUAUAUAUAUUUCCCCCUAAAGACUGCCUGCUUGUAGACUUUUGUUUUAAAUUCUGACUGCACUAAAGAUGUCAACAGAUGAUGUCAUGAUCUAUAUACAUUAAAAAAAAAAAAAAAGAGUCCCCA